AGCAAGAGAGCAGAGACAACUGCAUAGACAGAGCUUUAGGUUUACUCUAUUCUGCUAGUUCAGAUCACAGCCUGUGAAGAUGGAGAAUGGUACAGAAGGCAAGAACUUCUACAUCCCCAUUAACAACAGGACGGGGUUGGUGAGGAGUCCCUUUGAAUAUCCACAAUACUAUUUGGCAGAACCCUGGCAAUUCAAACUACUAGCUGCGUACAUGUUUUUCCUGUUCGCCACUGGCUUCCCCAUCAAUGCUCUGACGCUGGUGGUCACAGCUCAGAACAAGAAGCUCCGGCAGCCUCUCAACUAUAUCCUGGUGAACUUGGCGGUGGCAGGAUUGAUCAUGAUCACCUUUGGAUUCACAGCCACCAUUUACUCUUCCUUGGUGGGCUAUUUUGCAAUGGGCCCCAUUGGUUGUGAUAUGGAAGGUUUCUUUGCUACAAUUGGAGGUCAAGUGUCGCUAUGGUCUCUUGUGGUCUUAGCUGUUGAGAGAUACAUAGUGGUCUGUAAACCAAUGGGUAGUUUUAAAUUUACUGCCACCCAUUCUGCAAUUGGCUGUGGAUUUACCUGGGUCAUGGCGCUCUCGUGUGCGACUCCUCCUUUGGUGGGCUGGUCAAGGUAUAUUCCUGAGGGUCUUCAGGUAUCCUGUGGACCUGAUUAUUACACCUUGGCCCCAGGCUUCAACAAUGAAUCAUAUGUGAUGUACCUGUUCACCUGCCACUUCUGUUUCCCUGUCUUCACAAUCUUCUUCACAUAUGGAAGCCUUGUGUUGACAGUCAAAGCUGCUGCAGCCCAGCAGCAGGACUCAGCUUCCACCCAGAAAGCUGAGAGGGAAGUGACACGCAUGUGUGUUCUGAUGGUGUUCGGCUUCCUUCUUGCUUGGGUCCCAUAUGCCUCCUUCGCUGCGUGGAUUUUCUUUAACAGGGGAGCUGCCUUCACAGCUAUGGCCAUGGCCAUCCCUGCCUUUUUCUCCAAGAGCUCAGCAUUAUUUAACCCCAUUAUCUACAUUCUGAUGAACAAACAGUUCCGUAACUGCAUGCUGGCAACCAUUGGAAUGGGUGGUAUGGUUGAGGAUGAGACCUCAGUGUCAACCAGCAAGACAGAAGUCUCAACUGCAGCUUAAUGAUUUCAGCUACAUAUCUACGGACAACCUCCUUCCUUAUGUUUUCCUAAUUCAGGGUGUUAUGGACAUUGAAAUAAAGAAAUGGAUUCAAUGGUCUGCAACUAAAAGGACUUUAAUCUUUAAAUACUGGCAUGUGGCAUUUUGCUGUACACAUUUUGAAUAAUAUCUACAUCUGGGUAAAUAAUGAAAAAAAAAAAAACAAACUGGACUCUAAAAUGAGACAAUUUGAAGUGGGUUUUCUUGGUCAACAGUGUUGGUAACAUCUGCUUGUGAAAUGUUCAGAUGAUGAGUGGGUGAGAUUCACCUAUGUAUAUUUAUGAAAUGGGAAAUUUUGCACAUGUUUCAGCCUCAGUCGUGAUAGCCUGUAAAUAUUUUCUAAAAAACAAAUUUAGAAAAAGAGAUUAAAUGAAUGCAUGAAAAGA